UCAGUUGAGAACGUGGAUUGCGCGGAGCUACAGAUACAGAUACUCAGUAGUCAGUCGUCAGAUAGAGAUACUCUUGCAGUGUGCGUCGUCGUCGCAUUACUCACUCAUCCGCCAGGCCACGAAGAUACAUUUCGCAGUGCAACUGGCAAACUGGAUUUGCCACCCAAAAAAAAACAACAACAGAAAACGAAAUCCAAACAAUUCCCGCGUUAAGUGAAAAAAACAUAGCCAAUUGCAGCGAAACUUUCAAAACUCGAAAUAGUAGAAAAGUAGUUCAGAGCGUGAAAAAUACGUUACUAGCUGCGAAACAUUGUGAAACGUAUCCGAGAGAUACACAAUAGAGCAAUAGAGAGCUAGAGAGAGCGAACGGAAUAAAAACUACCGACAAAAGUGCAUUUUGCAAAAGCAAAUUAAAACCUGAAAAUAAAACCAAAAGCCACAAAAAUCUAAACAAAUUUUGCAAAAGAUUAUAAAAUUUGGUAAUCCAAUUUUAUAUACAAUUUUUCCAAACGUCUCACAACCUCGAGGGGAGAUUCGCAAGACACAAAUACAAGUGUUGGAUUAACAUAUUUUCGAUCAAGUAUCACAAUGCAAGUGGAAUCGAGCUACCCGAAAUACGCCGGACGUGUGCCGCCCCUGGAUUUGUCCCAGGUGAAUGCUGGUCAGGAUUUGUGGAGUGGAGGAAGUACUCCUUCGGCCAAGCGACACCUGCAUCAUCCCUACCAAAUGCUGGACAAGUGUCGUGGCGGUGUGACUCUGAUAAGCGCCUCCUCAGCAACCAACACCUCCUCCUCCGAUGACAACAACAACCGUCUGCUGGAGGAUGGCAGUACCUUGAUACAUCAUCCCAUGGGCUCUGAUGGCCUGCCCUUGGAUCCUCGUGACUGGACGCGAGCGGAUGUAUGGAAGUGGCUGAUAAACAUGGCUGUGUCCGAGGGUCUGGAGGUCACCGCCGAGCUGCCCCAGAAAUUCCCCAUGAAUGGCAAGGCCUUGUGCCUGAUGAGCCUGGACAUGUACCUGUGCCGCGUUCCUGUUGGUGGCAAGAUGCUCUACCGGGACUUUCGAGUGCGACUGGCCAGGGCCAUGGCCCUGCUCUCGUAGGGAUACUCCUCCCUUCCCCCCACUGGUUGUAUAUAUCUCUAGGAUUUUAGAUUAAUUUUAGCUUAGUUUUUGUAGUUGUAAAGCCUAGUCCUUAGAGCUCUCUUUGUUUAAGUCUUAGUCAUAGUAUCCUGCAUUUCAAUGUUGUCAAAGAUAAGCUCUCAAAUAUGUUUCUAUAUUUUAAAUUGAAUUUUUGGAACGAAGGAGAAGCUGGUAUAUAAUGAGCAUAACCAAGAGUGAAGUUAAAAUGCUGUCCUAUUAGUUGUUUAAGUAUGCAUUUGAUGGAAAAUAUAUAAAAUGAAAUUUUAUAAAUGAA